GCGCCGGGGCCGCCGGCCGAGGGCGGGCCGACGCGGGCAGCCCGGACGCGGGGCAUGAGCGGCGCCCUCCGCCGGCCCGCGCGCGUCCUGCCGCCUGCCCGAGCGAGGGUCGCGCGGCGCGGGGCCUAGCGCGGCGGCGGCCGCCAUGGAGGUGAGCGGGCCCGAGGACGACCCGUUCCUGGCGCAGCUGCACCGGGUGCAGUGCCCCGUGUGCCAGCAGGCCAUGCCCGCCGCGCACAUCAACUCGCACCUGGACCGCUGCCUGCUGCUGCACCCGGCGGGCCACGCGGAGCCCGCGCCGCCCCGCGUCAAGCGGCGCCGGCCGGCCGAGAGCUCGGCGCUCAGGCAGCCGGCCACGCCGACGGCGGCCGAGAGCAGCGAGGGCGAGGCCGAGGAGCCGGACGACGGCGGCGAGAGCGAGAGCCGCGAGAGCUACGACGCGCCGCCCACGCCCAGCGGCGCGCGCCUCAUCCCCGACUUCCCGGUGGCGCGGCCCGGCAGCCCCGGCGGCAAGGGCGCGGCGCAGCGGCCGGCGGCGGCGGCGGCGGCGGGCAGCGCGUCCCCGCGGAGCUGGGACGAGGCGGAGGCGCCGGAGGAGGAGGAGGCGGCGGGCGACGGGGACGCGGACGGGGACGGCGAGGACGAGGCGGGCCGCUGGGGCGCGGACGCCGCCGCCGCCGCCUUCGGGGCCCCCGGGGGCCGCCCGCACGCCCGGGCGCCCGCGGCCGACGAGGUGCGUCGGCUGCUGGAGGGAAAGCCGCUGGCCGACGCCAUGCGGCCCGACGCGCUGCAGGACUUCGUGGGGCAGGGCCGCGCCGUGGGCCCCGAGACGCUGCUGCGCUCGCUGCUCGAGGCCAACGAGGUGCCCUCGCUCAUCCUGUGGGGGCCGCCGGGCUGCGGCAAGACCACGCUGGCCCACAUCAUAGCCACCAACAGCAAGAAACACAGCAUAAGGUUUGUGACGCUGUCGGCAACCAGCGCCAAGACAAACGACGUGCGCGACGUCAUCAAACAGGCUCAGAACGAGAAGAGCUUUUUCAAGAGGAAGACCGUCCUUUUUAUUGAUGAGAUUCACCGGUUCAAUAAAUCUCAGCAGGACACGUUCCUUCCUCACGUGGAGUGUGGGACCAUCACCCUGAUUGGGGCGACCACGGAGAACCCCUCCUUCCAGGUCAACGCUGCUCUUCUGAGCCGCUGCCGGGUGAUCGUUCUCGAGAAGCUCCCUGCGGAGGCCGUGGUGACCAUCCUGAUGCGGGCGAUCAACUCCCUGGGGAUCCACGUCCUGGACUCCAGCCGCCCCGCGGACGCGCUGAGCCACGGCAGCAACAGCAGUGCCGAGCCUUCCGUGUUCAUAGAGGACAAGGCGGUGGACACGCUGGCCCACCUGAGCGACGGGGAUGCGCGAGCUGGGCUGAACGGGCUGCAGCUGGCGGUGCUGGCCAGGCUGAGCGCCAGGAAGACGUUCGGGAAGAAGAGCGCGCAGGGCUACCCUCCCAGCCGCGUGCUGGUCACCGAGGGCGACGUGAAGGAAGGCCUCCAGCGCUCUCACAUCCUGUACGACCGAGCAGGCGAGGAGCACUACAACUGCAUCUCGGCGCUGCACAAGGCCAUGCGGGGCUCGGACCCCAGCGCCUCCCUCUACUGGCUGGGGCGCAUGCUGGAGGGGGGCGAGGACCCACUCUACGUGGCCCGGCGGCUCGUGCGGUUUGCCAGCGAGGAUGUCGGUCUGGCCGACCCGUCUGCGCUGACCCAGGCGGUGGCGGCCUACCAAGGCUGCCACUUCAUCGGCAUGCCCGAGUGCGAGGUCAUCCGACUGUGGGCAGAGCGGGGAAGUAAAAGCACGGGGGGAGGGGGAGGCUCUCAGAAUGGCCCCGAGGUGGCACUUCGUGACGCAGUGUCACCCUCUCGCCCAGGUGCUCCUGGCCCAGUGCGUCGUCUACUUGGCCCGCGCCCCGAAGUCCAUCGAGGUCUACAGCGCCUACAACAACGUCAAGGCCUGCCUGCGGAGCCACCAGGGGCCCCUGCCGCCGGUCCCCCUGCAUCUGCGCAACGCGCCCACCAGGCUCAUGAAGGAUCUGGGCUACGGCCAGGGUUACAAGUACAACCCCGCGUACAGCGAGCCCGUGGACCAGGACUACCUGCCCGAGCAGCUGAGGGGCGUGGAUUUCUUCAAGCAGCGGCGGUGCUGACUCUGGCUGGGGCAGGAAGGACGGUUCCUUUGCGUGGGGGGCCUGGAUGGCGCGUGGGGGGCCUGGCUCGCGUCCUGGCGGGCUGACCUCGGUGCCAGAGCAGCGCGCUGCUGAGGUGGGGGCGCUGGUACCCCAGCCGCGUGUGUGACGUGGACAUGGUGUUCGUUGGUGCCCCGUGCGGCGUGGCGCUUGUGCAGCGGUCUGGCAGCUGCGUGCAGUGAAGUAACGUUACAAGGAAUUAUCUAUUUUGUCAUAGUAUUUAAGUCAUAAUGUCAUUUCAGAAUUCAGUUCUGUAGGCUUUUUUUUUUCCUUUAAAAAAAUGUAUAUUCUGGGUAGUUUCAAUUGGUAAAAAAAAAAAAAAAUGUAAUUGUGAUUUAAUACUGCAUAGUGUUUUGGGUAUUUUUUUUAUAUGCAAAGGUCUUAUGAGCCAAUAAAACUAUUUCAAAGUAC